ACUUCGUUAUACCAUAGUCAGAAGUUAUUCACGCAUUUUCGAAGUCCCCCAAUGGAGCCUCGAUAUCAUACUAGGGAAAUGGCCGCGUGAGCUUGACGUUCUAAGCUUUCAAGACUGAAGACUAGCUCGCUGGGUCACAUUACAAUUAGCCAUGUCAUACUUUGAUGUUGAAGAAGAGGAAAAGAAAUUCAAAGAAAAGCAUCCUUCCUGUGAUGGCCUUAGGAAAGAGUUUAUUGACUGUAUCACACAAAGUGACUGUUUCCAAAAGGAAGGUAAAAAAAUUAGAGAGUGCCUACACCCGGAAGCAACAGGGGUUAGUGAUGAAUGUAGACAGAUUCAAUAUACAUUCUUUGAAUGUAAACGCUCAUUGGUUGACAUGCGAAUGAGGUUCAGAGGAAGGAAAGGAUAUUGAACUAGCUAAUCAGAACUGUAAAUAGAUUUUUUUAAUUAAGAAUGGAAGAUAUUUAGUUUGGCAAAUUAGUUGUGUCUACAAAUUUUUUAAAUAGUUGUGUCUAGAAAAAAGUUUUAAAUCUGAAAUAGCAAAUUAAAUGGUUAAAUAAAGUCUUGAGUUGGGUAAGAUGGGCCCAAGCAGGCUCCCAACAUAAAUAUCUAUAUGCACUGCCAAAAUCUCAAAA